AUGGGUCCAUUUCUCAUAGACGAACAACCCGUCGCUGGGCCAUCUUCACAUCCGUUCAUCCCUGAUUCUUCCCCAACAACACCAGAAUGUCCUUUAAACUCCGCUUGCCCCUUUCUUUAUACUACAUAUACCAUCACUAGACCUCGGCGUAACCGAUAUAAUACAGUACGGCCCAGCAAAUUAGAGCAGAUAUGGGAGAAAGGUCAGAAGCGACAGGAUAACGCAGAUGAAGGAGCUGCAUCAGCUUCGGAGUCACUUAGCGGAGAAUCAGCAUCGGAUAGUCUCUCAUCAACAACGCAGCGGCCUCUGUUCACUGGUCCAUCGCCUUCACCUUCAUUCUCUUCCUCAGCCGAUAUACCGUAUAACGCUUCAGAUGCAUAUCCUACGGGUACAUAUAGUACUUCCGACAUUGAUUCGACUUUGACCCCAUCAACAUCUUCAUCUUAUUAUCGCUCAACAUCAUUUACCUCUCUUUGGUCCUACAGCGCUUCCCGAUCACGAUCAUACAGUGCCUCCGCUUCUCAGCCCACUCAAACGGCCUACGUACCUGGUGUCUUGCUGAAUUUGACACUGGCAGGAGAUAGCGAUACGGAAGCAGUCUACAGUGUCGAUGUCCAAUUGGGGCAUGGCGCGAAUGAUGGAUCAACCAAACGAAGAAGCAUCAGAAGGAGAGGUCCAUCGUCAUGGAAUGGGGUGGAUAUACAGUCUGUCAAGCUACAGGUGGAUUUGGGUUCUUCGGAUAUGUGGGUUGCAACUACAGACUGUACAUCGUCAUCCUGCCAAUCCGCUCCUUGCUUGUUCAACGCCACCGAAUCACUUGAUUCGGGUGUCUCAGCCAAUUUGACUUAUCAGUCCGGUGCAGUCGAUGGGGAUAUCUACUGGGAAGAGAUUCAGGUAGGAGAUUUUGGAAUUGGAUAUCAGGCGUUCAUAGCUGCUACGGAUGUUACAAAUGAAGAUUUGGAAGGUGGAAAUUUUGCAGGUGUUUUAGGUCUCGCUCCUCCAGCAAGUUCGACUAUCCUGAACGCUAUUGGAGGUACCACCUCUUCGAAUCCUGAUGGAGCUACGUUCCUUGAUAACUUGUUUGGAGCGGGAGCUUCGGCACCUUCAGAGAGACUCUUCUCGUUAGCUCUAGAACGCAGAGAAGAUGUACGGACCAGUUCAAUAUUCGGUAUCGGUGCUGUCGAUCGAAGUAUAUGCCCAUCGCCCUGCGAACCAUCCUAUAUCCCUAUCAUACCCCAACCUCAACUCGGUCUGACAGGUUAUCUGCAUUGGCGAAUACCUAUUCAAGGUGUAUCGGUGACCACGUGGGCUGAUCAGGAGAAUGGUUCUGGACCAACAAUCACGAACGUUACUCUCGGACCUAGUCAAGUCUACGCUACGAAGACUACCCCCCUCGCCGUACUAGACUCGGGUGGUGUGCAGAUCUUGACAGGGUAUAGACCUUAUGCAGAUGCGAUAUAUGGUGCUAUGGGAAUAUCGAUGAGCUCCGAUGGUUUCUACCGUAUGGCCUGUACACAGCAAGUCGCCCUCACUUUCAACAUCGCUGGACAGGCUAUUCCAGUCCACCCCCUCGAUAUGACUUAUCCCGAUCCGGAAGAUGCCAGUCAGAAGCAGUGUAUCGGCAUGAUCCAGUAUUCAAGCAAUCUUGGCGAGUCUGGGGAUUUCAUCCUUGGAAGCUCCUUCAUGAAGAAUGUCUACAGCGUCUUCCAAUACCCAGAUACCAAUAAGCAAAAGACUUGGCAGCCAACUGUCGGUCUCGUUCCAUUGACUAACGCGUCGAUCGCUUCUCAGGAUUUCUAUGCUGUACGGGUGCAACAUCAAUCUCUCGCUUCCGUCUCCUCCGAUCAGCAGACCAGUUCUGGAGGAACAUCCACCAAUCCUGGUUCACAGCCUUCCCAAGGUGCGGAGAAGAAGGUCGUCAACACGACUGUCAUCGCUGUCGUCAGUGUUGUCGGGUUCUUUGUCCUAGCAGCUGCAGCGUUCUGUGCUUGGUGGUUCUGGCUUAGAAGGAAGUUCGGUGCAGCUGGAGUCGUCACCUACAAAUCUGCCCCAGAGAGACCCAAACCUGCUGGAUAUAAGAGUGACAGUAGUCUCUCCUCACUACGCACGAAGAAACAUACAUCUACCCAAAGGCAGAAAUCCAUGGUAGAAGGAUUUUCCGGGUCAGAAUACGAAGGCGAUUCUUGGAUGUCCACUACGGAAGGGAAUGAUUCGAUCCGACUGGGAUACUUGCCUGAAGUAGCUGAGGAAGACGACGAGGGUAGACGGACUCGAGCCGCAGACAAACGAUCAUCCAGAGGAUCGACUUUAGGAGGUGGAAUCAAUGAAGAACCGGAAGAAUACCAAUUGAUCGAUACGGACGACCCAAUAUUCCCCAGUCGUACCAGGACAAGAUCACCUCCUCCACCAGUUUUCCCGUCAGGACAUCAUUAUACCGCUUCAACUGAUUCGGAGAUGCCCAACUCGGCCAAUUCAGAAACCAUCCCACUUGCAUCGGCACCAUACCCUUCGACGGCGACAUCGAGUGUACCUAAUCCUCCAAAAAGUAGGAAAGCAUCGAUAACGAUGUCCGGACCGUUCCCGACUACUAUGUCUGGGCCGUUCCCCUCACCUCACAUGUCUGGGCCAUUCCCUUCACCCGGGAAUACGAACAGACAAUCUAUGCGGCCGGAUAUCUCGCCAAUGUACGACAUACGAACUAGCGAUUACUUCUCUGUGCCUACGGCUAGUGGUCGAGGUAGAGAGCAUCGCAGAGGGUCGAGUGGUGGUGGUGAGGGAAGAAGAGAAUCGAGUGGUAGAAGAAGAUCAAGCCCCUCGAAAGGUCCUUCAGGGAUUGAUGAGGUCGUGCAAGAGGAAGAAGUGGAGAGAUUCAAGGAUAACCCAUAG